AAUUAAUCAACAUACUAUUAUUAUGGGGAAUAUGGAAUAUAACGUUCAAAAGAGUAUAAAAAGUGGUAAAAAAGAUAAUGAAACUUUACAAAUGGCAAUAUUUGAGAAUGAAUAUUAUUGGGAUCAUUAUUUAGAAAAAAAACGAAAGUCACCAGCUAGAUUAUGGGGAAACAUAAAUAAUUCAGAGAGUAGAUUUGAAGUAUUAGAUGGUCUUAUACCAUUAAAUAAACGAACUAGAUGGUUAAAUCGAUCGAACG